AUGUCGGCGCUGGCUCGGCAGGUCUUUGAUUGGCAUCGCCUGACCCCCCUUACCUGGGCCCUCCUCACUAGGCCGACUCGGCAGCUUGGAGAACAGAAAAGGACGACUGCUUUUUUGUUGCGUAAACUAAUGACAGUCUCCAGUGGAGGGGGCCUUGAAGAGUCAUCCUUUGUUGACCCCCCAAAAUGUGCACGCAAAGCGGAGCACAGAACAGGGCUGACUCAGUGCCUCCUUGAGAAGCAGAGAACUCCUGUGUCGCAAGAGAACGUUGUCAGUUCCCUCCUCGACAUGGGUUUCAGUGAUGUCCAUGUUAAUGAACUGCUCAGCAUACAGCCAGGUACCCACCCUCAACAGAUGCUGGACAUCAUUUCAGAAUUAGUACUUUUGGGUCUGAAUCCAGAGCCUGUGUAUGUGGCCUUGAAGAAAAGUCCUCAGUUAUUGAAACUGCCUGUGAUGCAAAUGAAGAAGCGCUCCAGUUACCUGCGAAAGCUGGGCCUUGGAGAAGGGAAGUUAAAGCGGGCACUUUACGGUUGCCCUGACCUUUUCACCAUGCGUCAGCGGGACGUUGAAGUCAUCGUCGGGGUCCUGAAGGAGAAGUGCCUUUUCACUGUGAAGCAAGUCACCGAGAUUUUGCACAGGUGCCCGCAUGUUCUUCGGGAGGACCCUGGUGAGCUGGAAUACAAAUUUCAGUAUGCCUAUUUCAGGAUGGGGAUUAAACACGUGGACAUUGUGAAGACGGACUUCCUGCAGUACUCCAUGACCAAGACCAAGCAGAGGCACAUGUUCUUGGAGCGACUGGGCCGGUACCAGACCCCUGACAAGAAGGGGCAGACACAGGUCCCCAACCCUUUACUUAAGGACAUCCUCAGAGUUUCGGAAGCUGAGUUUCUGGCCAGAACAGCGAUGUCUUCUGCUGAGGAGUUUGAGGUUUUUAAGAAACUCUUGGCUCGGGAGGAAGAGGAGUCUGAGGGCUGCAUGGCUGACGAGGAGGAGGAGGAGGACAGGGAGGAGGAGCAGGAGCUGUGA